UUGCAAAGAAGUGUCAAAAUAAACCGACGUGAUAAGUUAGGUUAUAUUUUAAAUAGUUUUAAGUUAUAAUUAAAAAGUCCUUAUAUUUUAAGUUAUCUGCUUAAUAGAUAUGGCGAAAUUCAAACUAAAAAAACCGUCGAAGAGGCAACCAGCACGGUUGAGAUAUAAAAUAGAAAAGAAAGUAAGAGAACACAAUAGAAAAUUAAAAAAAGAGGCAAAGAAGAACCCAAAGUCGAAGAAAAACAAGCCGAUUCAAAUACCAAAUGAAUGUCCUUUUAAAGAAGAUAUUUUGAAAGAAGUUGAAGCAGUAAAGAAACACAAAGAAGAAGAAAGACAGAAAAGGAAGGAACUUGCUAAAUUAGAAAAACAAAAGAAAACGGAAGAAAAGAAAAAUAAUCCAAUUGCCAUGGAUAGUUUGGUAGCCAAUGCAGAGGCAAGAGGGAAAGUUCAUGAUGCCUUCAAAGGUGGUGAAGCAAACAAUGAUAUUGAAUUUGGCAAAGACAGGCAGCAGGAGAACUCUUUAAAGACUUAUUACAGAGAAUUUAAAAAGGUUAUUUCGGAGGCUGAAGUAAUUUUAGAAGUUGUUGAUGCUAGAGAUCCAUUAGGCACUAGAUGUGUGCAAGUAGAAGAAGCGGUCCGUGAGUCAGGCAAAAGGUUAGUUUUAGUACUGAAUAAGGCAGAUCUGGUACCCCGUGGUAACCUCACAGCAUGGCUUAAGUACUUGAGAAGAUUUGCUCCAGCGGUACCGUUCAAAGCGUCCACACAGGACCAGCAACAUAACUUAGGGAGAAGGAAAAUGAAGCAUAUUGUUAAAGAAAAAGAAAUGAAAGGUUCAGCGUGUGUAGGUGCAGAACUUCUGACGAGUCUUUUAGGCAACUACUGUCGUAAUAAAGGCAUUAAGACAUCAAUAACAGUGGGUGUGGUCGGUUUGCCUAAUGUUGGCAAGAGCUCGAUCAUAAACAGCUUGAAUAGAUCUAAAGCUUGUAAUGUUGGUAGUACUCCAGGUGUCACAAAGCAAAUGCAAACAGUACAAUUAGAUUCGAAGAUAAAGAUCCUCGACAGUCCAGGGAUAGUGUUCCAUACAGGGUCAGAUAAUGAUGCAUCCGUUGCCCUCAAGAAUGCCAUCCGAGUUGGCAGCCUUAAGGACCCUGUGACCCCCGCCACCGCCAUACUGCAGAGAGCACACAAACAAACAUUAGUUGAUUUAUAUUGUGUACCACCAUUUAAUACUCCACAGGAGUUCUUCGCAAGUUUAGCGUCUCGUAUGGGCCGGUACAAGAAGGGCGGAGUACCCGACCAGGAGGCUGCUGCCAGGAUACUACUCAAUGACUGGAAUACUGGCAAGGUUCGAUAUUUCACGGAACCACCAGAAGAAGAAACUAAUAUACAUGUUGAUGCGAAAAUUGUAACAACAAUAGCUAAAGAGUUUGAUAUAAACUCCUUUGAGGCAAUGGAAACCGAAGCUAUAGACGCGCUACAGUCCGGCAAAGAUGAAGAAGGCAUUAAGAUAACAAGUACAGGACCUGUCAAAGCGGCGUUAGAAGACGAAAUGCAAGUAGAUGAAGAUGAAUCAACACUUUUACCUAAAAAAGUCACCAUCAGAUCCAAACUAGAGAAAGGAGAUAAGAAAAAGGGAAAAGAAAAAAACGAUCCCGAAAUGCAGAUAGAGGGCAACACUAAACAAAACAAAUUACGAAAGAUGCAGUUUAAAAAAGAUAAAAAAAAGCAAAAGAAAGUUGAGAAGCAAGCGGUUAAUUUGGCUGAUGUAUUAGAAAAUGUUUCUCUGACAACGUAUAAAAAAACUGAUGACUACGAUUUUAAGGAAGACUUUUCUUUGUAGUGUUGAAUAAACUUAUAGUU